CUGGGUUUCUGUUUGUAAAGAAUGGCUGCUUUCAAUUGCAUUGUAGCUGGAGAAAGUCAGUGAACGCCAGCUGCAUGGCAAGUAAAGUGAGAAGAAGGAUUGAGGCUGUUUUCUCAACUAUAGUCAGUGAUUUAAAGCAAAAUUUGAGACAGUACUGGGAGAAUUAAGCUCAUCAGCCUGCUCUGGAAGUUCCUGACAACUACAGAAAAAUGGCUGCUAGCAAGGCAAAAAAUCAGAGUUCUUUGGCCCUCCACAAAGUAAUCAUGGUUGGUAGUGGAGGUGUGGGCAAAUCGGCACUUACCCUUCAAUUUAUGUAUGAUGAGUUUGUUGAAGACUAUGAACCUACCAAGGCUGAUAGUUACCGAAAGAAAGUCGUUCUGGAUGGAGAAGAAGUUCAGAUAGAUAUUCUGGAUACAGCAGGACAAGAAGAUUAUGCAGCUAUUCGAGACAACUACUUCCGUAGUGGAGAGGGGUUUCUCUUAGUUUUUUCUAUAACUGAGCAUGAGUCCUUUACAGCAACAGCAGAGUUUAGGGAGCAGAUCCUACGUGUAAAAGCUGAAGAGGACAAAAUACCUUUGCUUGUGGUGGGAAAUAAAUCUGAUUUGGAAGACCGUCGACAAGUGCCUGUGGAAGCAGCUAGAAGUAAAGCAGAUGAGUGGGGUGUACAGUAUGUAGAAACAUCAGCAAAAACCAGAGCAAAUGUAGAUAAGGUAUUCUUUGAUUUAAUGAGAGAGAUUAGAGCCAAGAAGAUGUCGGAAAACAAAGAUAAGAAUGGCAAGAAAAGCAGCAAGAACAAGAAGAGUUUUAAAGAAAGAUGUUGCUUAUUGUGAUAUUUAGGAAUUUAUACGUGUAGGCUGCAGAAUUAACAAGACAUUUACUACUAAGGGUAAAGGACUGGAUUAAUGAGAAGAAAUCUGGCUCCAAUAGAUUUUUCCACUCACAUAAUAGCCUUUUUUGAAAGGUUAAAACUUGUUUUGAGAAUUGAACUCCAACAAAUCCAUGAAUACUGAAACGGAUUCUUGAAAGCAAUUGUCAAUUCUAAAAAUAUUGCCUGCCAGCAUAUUUUCCUUUGGUCAUAAGCUCUUUGCCUGAUAGCAGUAUGGCCACUCUGAAUUUACCUCUUUAUGCUUCUUCUACUGUUGAUACUUCUACAGAACCUUCUCCAUCAGUUUUUUCAAGUGGCUAGUUCUCAAUGAAGUACAACCAAAGUUACCUGCCUUUCCUACGUGGCUUCAGUUUUGGUGCUUCUAAUGAAGGCAUAGGCCUUUAGCCAUUCUUUAAAAAGGGAAAUCACAUUGAA